GCUUUUGCGGCGCUGCUGCGCUAUACAUAUACCGAGCAGCCAGCCAUGCGCCCCCGCCCGCUCCAUCCAUCCUCCCUUCCCAACGCCUCCUCCGUGAAUGUAUAGCCGCCGCCGCGCGCAUCAUCGGACCCCUCAUUCGUGAUUUGGCGCUCGCGUUGGGGGCAAAGAAGAAAAGAAAAGAUGACCUCGACCGUGCCUGAUGGGCCCUGGCCCGCACACGACGCUUCGGCUCUGAGGAAGCUGUCGGACAAGCUGGAUAGCUGGAGCGACAAGCUCAACAACAGCAUCGCCACAUCCGCAGUGGGUAGGUGGUUCAAGUUGGAAGGAUGCGGACAUCCAUUGGAACGUAAAGGUGCCAAGUUCACCGUCGAAGUGCGAGCGGGCUUUGUCACAUUUGCUGCCAUGGCCUACAUCUUAUCGCUCAAUCCCGCUAUCGUGGGCUCCACAGGUGGACCUUGCACAGCUCCAGCCGGUGUAGACCGCUCGACGGAUCAGACGUAUCAGCUCUGCGUUCAGCGCGUUCGUCAAGAAUACGUGGUUACUACAGCCGCACUGGCCACACUGGCUACGUUUCUCAUGGGUGCGCUAGCCAACUUGCCGCUAGGCCUAGCACCUGGCUUGGGUGUGAAUGCCUACUUUGCCAGCGUCGUGGGUCAGUACGGUCAAGGCGGAACGAUUGCGUACGGAGAAGCGCUAGCUGCAGUCUUUGUCGAGGGUGUCCUCUUCUUCUUCUUGUCCUUGAUAGGCUUGCGACAGUGGUUGGGAAGGUUGAUACCUAGAAGCUUGUCCUUGGCCACGGGUGUGGGCAUCGGUCUAUUCCUGGCCUUUAUCGGCAUUGGACCGGCGGGUAUUGGGGUGGUGGGCGGACAGUACACCGACUUGGUUGGCUUGGGAGGCUGCCAAGACGCGUUCAAGGAUGAGAAUGGUUACUGUCAAUCGCGCGUUCUGCAGUCGCCCAAGGUCUGGCUUGGAGUGUUUGGAGGCGGAGUGUUCACAGCCCUGCUGCUGCUCUACCGCGUUCGAGGAGCUUUCCUGUGGCCCAUCUUGCUGGUGGCUAUUGCCAGCUGGCCUCGCACCACCAACGUCACGCUCUUUCCGCACGACGAUGGCGGUGUGGGCGAUGCGGGUUUCCAGUUCUUCAAGCAGGUGGCCACUUGGACCGGUCUGGACCUCUUGGGACCACAGAACAUCGAAUGGUCAGGCCUGAGAAACGGCCACGCUUGGUUGGCCCUCAUCUCUUUCCUGUACAUCGACGCGCUGGACACCACCGGAACGCUCGUCGCCAUGUCUCGAGCUGCUCAAGUCUACGACGAGCUCUCCAACGACUUUGAAGGUUCCUCCACCGCAUUUCUCAGCGACAGCUUCAGCAUCUCCAUGGGAGCUUUGAUGGGCUCAUCCCCGUGCACAGCCUUUGUCGAGUCCGCUUCCGGCAUUUCCGAAGGAGGCAGGACGGGCAUCACGGCCAUCACCACGAGCUUCCUCUUCUUCUUGUCCCUCUUCUUUGCCCCCAUCUUCUCUAGCAUACCUAGCUGGGCGACGGGCAGCACGCUCAUCAUCGUCGGAUCCCUCAUGGCAAAAAACGCAGCAGCUAUCAAUUGGGACUAUGCGGGAGACGCCAUUCCUGCCUUUCUGACCAUCAUUGGCAUUCCCUUCAUGUACAAUAUCGCGUACGGCUUGAUUGCGGGUAUUGUCAGCUUUAUUCUGCUGCACAACAUUCCGCUCUUGCUGGGCGCUAUCCAUCCCAAGCUGCUGCCUCCUGGAUGGUCGGACCUCAAAGAACCAUACAGCGUGGCCAGCACGCUGAAGCCCUCGUCCAAGAUCGACGCUGAGCAACUGGUUGGCCUCAACUCUCCUCGCGGCAGCCUCAAGUCGGAAAAGGGUGAAGCGGACGUGGAGUUCGGAUCAGAAGCAGCAGCAGCAGCAGAUGCCGCGUUGGCUCAUCAAGUCUCUCUACUUCAGAGAGAUUUGCAAUCUUGGCGAGCUUUCUUGCCUCCCUGGCUGCGCAAGCUUCUUCGCGGAGAGCGCAAAUUCUGGGUCAUGUCCGAGGGAGAAAUCUCUUUGGCCCUGCAUGGCCGACGAGUGACGGAGAUGAGGAAUCUCAACAGGGCUCAACAGGCCGCGAGGGAUAGGGCCGAGCUGAGGGGGGAGAUGAGACAGGGACCGCAGGAGGGGGGUUUGGUCGAGGAUGUGCAUUGGGCCGAAGAGGAGGAGAGGAGGAGAAGCAAGAGCAGAGGUAGAAGUCAGGCUAGGAGACCACGCGUCGCUGAACAAGAUGCGAUAGAGGAAGAUCAAGAGGCGGAGCAAGGCGCAGCGAAGGAAAAGUCUGCUUGACAUGACCCGCCAGCGCACACCGCCACACACUGCAACGGCAGCGCGCGCGAUGUGCAGACAGACCAUGGAGCUGUGAAGCCUUUUCGCCCCUCGUUCGAUUGAUGCAUUGGUGUAAGAGACGAUUCGUGUACAAUCGCGUGAAUGUUGUAGACAGCUAGUACCUCUGAGCUUGCAAUGGAUCGAAUCGCGCCCAA